CAACUACCAUUAUCUAUUUUUUAGAGAACGUUUGUGCCUUGAAAUUGCAUUUGCACUUGAGUUUGUACAGAAGCAGGGUUGAAUGACGGCUUCUGAGUCGUGUUCGAGGGAACCGAGUGCCGAGUUCGACACAUCUAUAUUUCACAAGGCUACUAUCAGUUAUGAAUAUCUACAUACGAACAGUACAACUCAUGAGUUUGUCUACGGUGCAAUCGCAGAGUUAGUGGACAACUCUCGAGAUGCUAUGGCCAACAACUUACACAUAGAUUACGAGCCGAAUGAUGCUCACGGAGGAAUGCUAUCAAUUCUCGAUGAUGGCUGCGGCAUGGAUAGGCAAGAAGCAAUAUCAGUCGUGUCGUUCGGUCAUUCGCUCAAACGGAUGGAACCAGGCAUGAUUGGACAGUAUGGUAACGGACUUAAAUCUGGCGCUAUGCGCAUAGCUAAAGACUUCAUCAUGUUUACCAAGAAGGAUGGUUUGUUGACGUGCUUGUUACUUUCACGAACUUUUCAUGAGAUGUACGCUUUGAAAGAGGUAUUUGUGCCUGUGGCUUCGUUUACUUUAGAGGGUGGCACACGCGCUAUGUAUUGCGACUCGCACACGCAAGCAAAAAUGCACUCACAAUCAAUGGAUGUCAUCUACAGUCACACACCAUUUAAUUCUCAGGACGCUCUGUUUGAGCAAUUCGAACGCAUUCGCGGUCCAUCGGGCACACUCAUUGUUCUGUUCAACCUUCGACGAAUAGAAACUGGCGAAUUUGAGUUGAACUUUGAGAAGCCUUUUGAUGUGCGGCUAUCUAAUUUUGAAGAGCAGAGAGAGGAAGAGAGAAACUCCCUGCGCGCUUAUCUUUCGGUGCUGUAUCUCAAUCCUAGGAUGAAGAUUUAUCUACGAAAGAAGAAAGUAUUGACUACCAGAAUAAUGAGUACUUUACUAUACCCCUAUAGGUACAGCUAUGCUGCAAAAAAUCUCAAAACAUGCGCUCUUAAAGAGUAUGAAAGAUGCGAACAGAAAGUUCGAGAAGUAAAAGAGAUGCUUCGGAUGUCGGCUUCUGCGCUGGGUGAAUUCGAGGCAAAGCAUCGUGGACAAAAUAUCCAUACUAAUAAAACUCUCAGAAUGGAGCAGCGAUUGCUGGCUAAAGCUCGUUCGGAUAUGGAAGCCAAGAAAGAGCAAGCGGAGAAAAGAGCCGCACAGGCCCUGAAGGCCAAGAAUAACCCGGCUCCACUGAGCUUUUAUUAUGGAAUCAAUAUUCAUCAUAGGAAUCGUUAUGGUUGCAUGUUAUAUAAUAAUGGACGCCUAAUCGAAAUGUACGUAAAAGUUGCUGUUCAGAAGGAGAAGAAUGACCUUAUGAUGAAAUGUCUUGGUGUUGUUGGUGUAGUGGACGUACCAUACUCAGUUCUGGAGCCGACCCAUAACAAGCAAAGCUUUGAAAAUAAAAGGGAAUACCUUUCUCUUUUGCGGGCGAUGAACGACCACAUGGAACAAUACUGGAAAGACAUCAAUUUAGCUGGUAAUGAAGGUCCAAGCGGCAUAAAAGCAUUCUGGAAAAACUUCGGUUACGAGAAUUCUGACUGGAGUUCAGAAUGCACGAACUUGGCUGAACAUCGACGAAAGCGAUUCAUGCGAAUCGGGCAUACCAUUCAAUGUGAUAAAUGUCUCAAAUGGCGUCAUGUGGAGUAUCAUGCUCCGUAUGAAAUCAAUGGAAUACCAGAAGACUGGUGUUGUGACAAUCAUCCCAACAGCAUGUUCCGAGGUUGCAAUAGAGCCGAAGAGGUGCCAAAGGUGAAAGAAGGCAAACUCAAUCGACAAAAAUCUCCGGAUCCUCCUUUGAAGAACACUUCAUUUUCAGCGAAUCGAAGCAUGGACAGAAGGUCGGAUCUCAGCAACAAAAGUGUCCCUACUGCCACCACUAAUGGAAGUGGAGCAUCUCGUCGACCUAUGCAAGCAUCUCCUGUGUCAUCGUCAUCGUCAAGGGGUAGCAGAGAGGUGCAAAGAAUUCCAAGCCCUGUUCCAUUUAAGCAACUCAAGAGAUCGUCACGCGUUGCGCAACGAAAAGAAGCGAUGAGCAGCGACUCGGAAGAGUCAAGCCCAGAAAGGCCACCUCCUAGAAAGCCGCCAACCAAGACACUGACCCCCAAUUUAGCCGUGAAGGCAGCGGAUCGCGUCAGUGCUGUGGGGAAGCCACCCACGAAACGAGCAGCUCCUCUUGCGCCGAAACGUCGAAUUGCAUCAAGCGAUGAAAGCGAUGAGGAAGAAGUAUAUGUACCUCCUGAUCCGCCGAAAAAACCGAAAACGAAAGCUGAUUUGCGAAGGCAAUACGAAGAGGUUGAAAAGAAAACCGAAGUCGACACGAAGAAGCCUGUCACAUUUGAUCCCAAGAAAGCUUCGCCUACGUUUGCGGACGAAGUGAAGCCCUCCUCAUCGAACGUCUCGGUGAAGCAAUCUCCAUCAUCCACAUCGAUUAAGCCCAACACAUCUGUUAAACAAUCACUCUCUUCAGCAUCAGUGGCUACUACGCCGACGCUUUCCAAUGGAACAGCUGGAAAAGGGCUUGUUGAUAAGGAGCUGAUCGACAAGGAGAAGGAGCGAGCGGAUCGGGCCAUGGCACAGACGCGAAAACUGUUAAACUUCUUUGUGAAACAAGGUGUGUCAUUUGCUGAACGUUUCCGAAGAAUGACCGACGAUGAGCUGUUAGAGCAAGACAUGGAGCAAUUUGGCAGGAAUACGUGGGAGGAGCAUGUAUUGAAGGUGAUACGAGAAAGAGAUGAAUUGCGAUUGUUACGACGGAGUGAUAAAGAGCAGAUGAGAAAGCUUUGUGAGGACGAGUUUAGGUCGGAAUUGACCAUCAUCUUGAAAUGGGCUAUGCCUGACGAUGUGGUAACAUAUGAAAAUUGCUUCGAAAUGAAGGACAAAUUGCUGGGGAUGCUCAAUGCAGAUCCAGAAGAGGAUGGUGAGGAAGUGGAGACACGAGAAGAAGGAGUGUACGUUUCCGAUGGUGCAGCUGAAUCUCAUUGAGAAUCUUUUCUGAAAAUUGUGAGGAUUAUUCCAACUCUUGCCAAAAUGCCAUACCUCUAUUUAAUCUCAAUUUUUCUUGAUUAUAUCUCUGCUGUGGUUCUUGCUGAUCUGAGACCAGAUCUACUUCACCAAUGAUCUGGUGGGAGAGCAGUGUUUGUAUUUAUCAGUUUUCUUUUUUUCCUGCUUACUUUACAUCAUCGAUACUUGCUGAGAUGGGCAUUAAAGUGUAAGGUCCUCAUCAUGAUGGGCACAUG